GCAGCAUCAGCGCCGGGCGUACGUGGAGCCUUGGAGCAUCACUGGGGAGAGCGCACACAUCCACCACAAAGAGCAGGCUGAAAUAACGCGACGACACUUGAACGAUUAUUUUAUAAACGCGUCCUCUUACUGAUUUUUAUUUUUAUUAUCUUUGUGUUGGUUUUAUUUUCAUUCUUAUACUGGAGGAGGCGAAAAAACAACCGAGCAAAGCUUCACUGCGGCUAAUCAAUUUCCUUUUUCCAGACCUGGGAAUUACAAUGAAACAUGUAGGUGACACAUUUCCAUUCACUAUCCGCGAAUCACAAUAGGGAUCCCAGCGGAGGCGACAAAGAAGGAAGCAGGGGAAAAUGGUGACGGGUGCCGCAUCUAUAGGAUCAGCAUCCUCCUCUCCGUGGAGCCCCUGCGUAAAAGAAAAAUCAGUGUGAAAGCCGGUGAAGAAGUGGACGCGAACCUGUGAGAGACGGGAAGACUUGAAGAAACAGAGUAAAGGAUCUGAUCCGGACCGUCCCUGUGCCAAGUGGAGGUUUUCCUGGAGGACUUUCUCAGCUGUUUUCAGAGCCGAGGCUCUGAACACUUCCUGCUCCUUUUCCACUCUUUUUAUUUUUAUGUGGUUGGAAUCACGAUUUCUGACUGCUCUUUUGUUCCAAUCACAACCAAAACCAGGUGCCAAACCGACUGUGUCAAGAGAAGAAGCAAAAAAAUCUACAACUCUUCAUAUAAAGAGUUUAUUUAGUCACCCAGCUUUGGAUACAUCACCCACAAAUACAUUAAAACAUCCAACGUCCCAUUAAAACCACAUUGAAUUUCAAGAUAACGUCUGUAAAAGUUUAUAUAUCCAUUCCGUUUGGUCGAUGUUUGCUGCUUUUAAUGUUAGAACUUCGUGAUUUUUCUCACUGGGGCGGCGAUCAGUGCAUUAUUGGUUCAAAGUGCUUUAUAGACAAAUCCUCCAGCUGUCGGUCUGCUCAUGGUUAUGCAUAGCAGAGGAGGCGUGUGGUAAGCUGUGAUAACUCUGACGGCGUUUGACUGACAGGCAACACGAGCCACAUCAAACAGAUAAACAGAGGCAACACCACCGCCACCGCUGCUGCUAUCUCAAAGGCUCGGAGGUACGCCGUCGUUUCAGUCUGCGCUGUGAAACACUGUUGACACUUUGCCUAUCUCCUUCUUCCAGUCGCUUCUACGAGAGAGGCCUCUCGCCCUUUUGUCGUCUUCUGUUUCUUCCACACGUGGCUCUUGAUUACGCCGCGCCGAACAACCUAAAAAGCCCCCUUUAUCUACUCCCAGUGACCUCUUACACCUUUUUUGCGUUCUUCCUUUUAUUCUAUUAAAAACAUGCAAUUUAAAACCUUUCACUGUACUUUCAUUUUUUUGUGGAAGGAAAUCAAAUUUGUAAAGAUAUUUAAAAAUAACAAAAAAGAACAUAACCUAAAGCCAUACUGAACACCAGCCAUACGAAUACAUUUACAGAGCUCACGAUGUUGAAGGUCUCUACAACAAAGUGAUCCUCAGUCACGUCGGUGCACGCACACACACAUUCAGGGAGUCGAUGAAGAAACUGCUAGUGACCCGAAAUUUCAUUCCUUUGGAUGAAAGAGCGGCUUUGUAAGUUUUUUCUACCUGCGUGUUUUUAGAUCGCACAGCCUGUGGUGUCAAGCGUGGCAGUGGUCGUGUCGAGUUCCCAUCAUCACCCUGCGUUCCUCUGUCUUGACGGAUGAAUCCGGACAGUUUCAUGUCUGUUCUGUGGGCAGAACCUCGCUGCCCUGCUAGAACCGGGCCCAAGCCCUCCUUCGUCCUCUUCUGCUGGGCCAAGCUAAAUUCAGAGCAAAGACACUCGCGCGAGGGUAUCAAACGCACAUAGAUCCUCGCUUUGUUCUGUCGUCUCUUCCUGUAAUUCAUCCACCAGAUCCUCGCCAUCGAUCACUCUUUUGUGAAUGCCUUGACACGCUCGCUUAAUGAACUGAUGUCUGUCCUCCGGUAGCUGCUGGAAGGACUUCUUUCUUAUAGAUUUGAUGCUGCUUAAUGCCGUCAGUGAUAGUACCUUUAUUAGUUGUGCUCACAGCCCACGACUCAUAAAUUCACCGUUCCAUUGUUCGAAACCAAAAUUUCAAGCAUACUGACCUUUACUGCUCCUCUUCCUCUAAAUUCUUUGAAAGGGAGAUUUGGUUUAUUGGGCAAACUGUGAGCGUGGCGUAAGAGAAGUUUAAGUAACAGCUUGUGCCAAAUUUACACGGACUUCCUCUCAGCUUGUUCACCAAACAGAGCUGAGAUCUCUAAAGCUGCCAGCACUGUUGUUUACAGACACGAGACACACGGAGCUCGAUGUUUAAUUUGAUUUCAUUUCCAUGUAUAAUUUUCACACAUUAGUUCUCCACCCAGGACAACAGAAGUGCCAAACUCCGAGAAGAAUACACCCAGCGUCUGUGAGAGCUCAUUGAAUACAAAGUUUACAUUCAGCACUAAAUGUUUACAGACCACAGUUUUCAUUGCAGUUUCUUACAUGACUUUUGUGCCAUAAACAGCUCCCAGAACACCCUGCAUUCAGAGACAUAGGACUCUUCUUCUGGACGAGUCAUUAUACGACGAGUUUACAGUUUUUCAUACUCAUUUUGUUUACAGAAAACGUCUCAAUACUGCCUGUUUUGAAGAUUUUAGGCCAACGGACUGUAAAACGGCACUUUGUCGACCGACAGACCAAAAUUAAACAUUUAAUACCUGCUGCCAUAAAACAAACCCACAUUAUUCUCUAUUUCUAAUCAAUUUUAAGUUAGAUUACUUUAGGUCUACAGCCAUUGUACAGACACAUCGCAUAGGGCCUAAAAAACUCUAAAAGACCUCAAUGUUUACAAACGCUGCUUAUGGGAAGGAUUUGUAUUCAGACGGAAAUGUUUACAUUCAGAUGACGGAGUGACACGCCAAACGCAUUCAUGAAACACUGCUCGAACAACGUGAAUCUGCUGAAAUCCAACCCAAGGGAUUAGUUCAUCAGACUGCAGAUAAAACUUUUCGUAAUGGAGGGUUUUUUUGGAGGAUCUCGCUGACAUUUGAAGCUGUUUGUGACUUUUUUGGCUCGAGAACUUUGUGAUAAAACAAUGACGUCUAAAAUAUUAAAGGGGAUGCUUUGCUUAUCCCUUAUCCUCUUGCUUUUCUCCUGCCUCGCUGUUUCCACUGUAACCAUCACCACUCGGCGACGCGCUGUCGAUGGUGAUAUCAGGACUCUGACCGGCAGGGGCGGCUCUGCCGCUUCUGGUAAAACGAGUACCACCUUGUUCCUCCUGACGGGCUACAAGCCGCCACUCCCACGGCUGCCUGCCGGACCCAAAGUGCCGCCAAAAGCGGCAGAGGUGGAGGACGGGGAUGAUCCACCGGUCAUGGCUGAGCUGCCACCAAAGCCCCUCCCUCAGUCCAUGUUGCCAAGGAACGUAACGGCAGCACUGAAGCCUCCCCUCGGUGCGGCCCAGGUGGCUCCAGCCCCGAGACAGCUGGUGGAUGUGGACCUGUGCAAGGGUUACUAUGAUGUGAUGGGGCAAUUUGACAACUCGUUCAACUGCUCCCAGGGCAGUUACAUCUACUGCUGCGGCACCUGCCACUACCGGUUCUGCUGCGAGCACCAGAGGAACCAGCUAGAUCAGGAUUCCUGCACCAACUACAAGUCCCCCGACUGGGCUGACCCGCAGGUCCCCGUCACUGUGCCCGCGGUGAAAACAGACCCCGACUUUGAGACGUUUCCGCAGCAGAGCAGCAGCACGGCCUAUGUGAUCGGAGGUGUGAUCUCCUUCACUGUGGUGGUGGCCGUGGGCGUCAGGAUUGCCUUCAGCAAGGUGGCUCGUCGACCCCGAAACCGAGACAUCAACAUGCCCAGAUCACUGGUGGAUAUCUUGCGUCACCAGUCGAGCCCCGUGCAGCAGGGCGAGAGGAACAACAGCACAGUGCUGACGACCACCUCAGACGGACGCACAUCCAAAAACCUGUACACCCCCAUCCUGCAGAUCAAAGACAACCGCACUGGGAACUUGCACCAUCAUUUUAACCAGCAGGGGUCUGCUUCCAGCCCCAAACACUCUGCUACCAUCGAGCGUGGAUCCCGCAUGAACAACACCCCCCAGCUCACUUCCGGGCCCACCCUGAUUUCUGGUAGCAGCAAAGGUGCGGGAGGCGGCGGCGGCAGCGUCUUGAGACACAACAGCAGCCACCCGUCUUUUUCGCACUCCUUCCACAACCUGGCUCAGCUGCCACCGUCCUACGAUGCAAACAUGAAACCUGAGAUCAACCGCUACAGCUCGCUGAAGAGGCUGGAGAAAGAACUUGAUGAGUAUUCCAGCUACUACAACUCCAAGCGCCGCUCCAACAACGCUCCGCCCUCCUUCUACUCCUCUCAGCACCACCUGCCCUUUGGAGGGGACUACACGCUGGGAUCCAGAGGCACGCUACCACUCCAUGGCUCUCGGCCCCACCUCCACAUGCCGCCCUCCACCCCCAACCCAUACCCGCUCCCCUCCCAGACACAUUACACCAGCUCCAGCUUCGAUAGGCCACCACGCCGUGUCCGUUCCCAGGACCAGCUGCUGGCAUUUGGGGAAGGCAACACUCUGUCCCGCCUGUCCAAGAACCAGCAACACCAGUACUACAAAGCCAUGAUGAGCACCAGCAGGAGCUCUACAUCACAGACGCUCCGCAGGUCCCAUGAGCGGCUCCUGGUCUCCCCUGACCGUCUGGAGGACCGGCUGAUGACGAUGGGUCUGCUGCCGGGAACGAGUGAGCGAGGGGGAGGAACCGGGAUGGUUCCCACCAUGGGCCGGCUCAGCCACCACCAGAAGGCUCAGUCACAGCAGAACAUUUGUGUCACGCCAUCCAUGGACCGCCACCACAUGAUCAAGAUGAACUCCCACCCCACAUCAGGCCACGAGCACGACCGCAGCACCACGACCAUGUCCGGCAUGGGCAUGCACGGUGGCUGGGACUCCCACGGCGGGACAGGUGGAGGCCACCCCAACGCCCGACGUAUGGCUUUCGCCAGCAAGAGGCAGAACACGAUUGAACAGCUGCACUUCAUCCCCGGAGGAGGUGGAGGCCAGGGACUCCGGACUGGGAGUAAGAAUGAGGUGACAGUGUGAGAGGAAGAGUGGUGGAGAAGAGGUGCAGAUGAAAAGAAGCUGAAGACCAGAUGAAGAGAGGGAAGCAGCGAGGUUUUUAGUGUGAAGAUAUGAGCAGGAAAUGGCAAAGAAACAAGCAAGUGGUUUGAUAUCAGCUGGCUCCCUCACAGGGCUGCUCUCAGCUGCACACAGCCCCCUUCAUAAAAUAAAAAGUGGUGGAUGGCAACAUUAGUGAGUAAAGCCAAUUGAUUCUCUCUUUGUCACUUGUGUAUUGGAAAAGAGAAAUUUCACCUAUUCUUUGUGAAGAGAAGACAAAUGCCCAAGUAAAGAGCAAAAAAAAAAAAGAAAAGAAAAAAGCAGUUAAAGGCUGCUGGGUAUUCGCUGUGACUUUUAUUGAAGGAUAUCCACUGAGUCAAAUUUGUUGAAUUGUCCUUGAGUUUUGUUGCGCUGUCCUCUGAGUCCUCGAGUGCUCCGACAGAAAUUCAUCCAUCUUUGAAUCCACUGUGGAUGUCAGAGCGCCGAGGCAGAGGCAGACGGGUUUGCUUGUCAGUGUAUUUAUACAAGUAUUUAAAACCAAACAAGUUGCUUUUGUAUGAAAUUAACCUGAUACUAUUACUACUACUACUAAUAAUAAUAAUAUUAGCAUAACUGAGCCCUGUAGGAUUUUGUGUAUACUUAGUUGAAAACAUAUUUAUCCUUUAGCCAGCCACUUUGUAAUGUAAAGACUGGUCAUAUGAUCAGUCUGUCAUUUCUUUCUCUAGUCGUGAUUGGACUAUCAAAGUAAAACUGCUGAAAUAAUGCAGCAGUUAACUCUCAUUUGAUUUCUUUAUAGCUCGAUUCACUCAAGCUAAAGAUAAAUAAAUAAAAUGAGCCGUUUAGAGACGAAAAGCAAGUCAAAGCGCUGCCAUAAAGGCCCAGUCACACCAGCAUUUCACGAAAACUCCCAAGAACUAAGUGCCAGUUAAUGAUAAAGGGAAGGAUAAAAAUAAAGAAGGUUGAGGAGCUAUUGUGAAUGUCUCAAGUUGCUACUUCUAAAACAUUUUGAAUCCAGAUGUUCGCCUGUGUUUCUGGUGUGACCGGGCUUUACAAGUGAAGUCCACUUUGCAGUAUGAUUUUAGCUGACUAUGCUCUUGUACAGUGAAAUCUAGUGGGUGUAUAUCAUCUAUGAAACAUUGUGUAAUUCGUAGGCUAAGAAAGUUUUGAACUGAGCCAAUCUCAUACAUUGACUGACUGACCAAACAUUCUUCAGCAACUGUAGGGUUUCCGCCAGUCUACCAUAGACUUAGCAGCUUUUUAAUUGACCACCUCCCACACUUUUAUAAACAAAAGCUACAUUUGUAACGUUAGCUAAUGUAUCUUAUUAUCCUGUUUUUAUUGUUACCCAUUUUUCAGAUCAGCUAAUAGUACAAUAAUUUAAAAAAGAAAAUAGAAAACAAUGUUAAACUUAAAGCAUUAGCUUUGGUGGACAUCUACUAUUUACAAAUGACAGUAAGCUACAUGAUUCCUAGCCAUAAGUGAACAACUAUAACCAUAUUGUGGGCUCUGUGGGUGGUAUAGCACAGUAAAGUGGGAAAAAACACUCAAUUUGUAUCCAGAGAUAUAAAGUGAGAGCUAACUGCAUAUUAAGUCUGACAUCAUUGGGCAUUUCUGGGUCCCAAAAGAAAAGAGUCAUUGAGGAAACUUUGAGAGUUAAAAAAUUCCAAAUUCCAAGCUUGAAUAAAAGGAUCUGUGCGCUCGUUCUCCCAGUAAAGUUUAACAUUCCAGCAAUCAUGGAAAAGAAGGUUUACUAAGCUGGAGUUAGAAUUAGGUUAGUUGAUCUUGUCAAGUGAAGCUAAGCUAGUUGACAUAUAACUGGUGCCAUUUGCCAUAUAGAGCUAUGUUUAGUCUAAAACAAACUAAUAUAAAGUCCAAGUUGAGGUUUCUCGCUGAGACCGAUGUCUUCAUUGAAUCAGACCAAGAAGCCAAGUCCAUCUUUUGUUUCCUAUGAUUUCAUUGACCGGAAGAAGGUAAUAAAAAUGGAACGCACUUCACCUAAGAUAACAUCUGAGCCUCAUCCAUGACACAAGGUUAUGAAAAAUGUAAAAAGUCCUGAGCCUAAGUUGACUGCUUACACUGAAAUCUUAGUCGGCACGCUAAAUAUUUUGUGUCUGAGACACCGUUAGCUCAUGGCUAGGAUAGCUAGCUUUGGAGGAAAAAAUUUUAAUAGUUUCUGAUUUUUGGUAAAGUGAUUUUGGAUGGCAGUUAUUAAGAUUUCAGAUGGAGCUGCAAUCAUUUUCAAAAACCAAAAAUCCCAUUUUAACACCAUUAAUUUUACAUUUGGACCCAGAAACAGGGUUGUUUUGUUAUCGCUCAACAAAAUGGCCAAAAUGUUUCUGCUAUAGGUGCAACAUCAGCAAUGUUAAAUGGUGGCUGGGGUCGACAACUUCUCUGGCGGAAACCCUGAACUGUUCAAAACUUUUCAUGGCAAGCUUGUAGAGGGGUCGAGGGCUUUGUUUCUGCCGCCGAUUGGUAUUAAACCAACCCUCCUGUACGUCUACAGCACCACACGUUUUCCUGCAAGUUCAGCUGCUCACCUCGUACGAAGGGGAAGGGUGGCAAAUGGGUUUUAGGCGGUGGGGGGGGGACAAUGGACACUUCACACCAAGGGCUAAAAUGAAUUAUCUUUGUGUGUCUAUGCUCUGUACAGUCUCUGCUUCUCAUUUUCAUUUUUUCCUGUGAGUCGGGAGGCAUGCUCGUGCAUAUUUUUCACAGAUAUUUUUAUUUUUAUUCUUCUUGCUUAGAGAGAAAAAAAAUUUAAAUGCAAGGAAAUUGUGCAAAGCAAAAGAACUUUUGUGUACCAUGUAAAGACACAUAACCAUUUUAAAAAGCUGCGGGAGAAGCGUUGACCAUAAUGAUGUCAUAUUUUGUACAUUUUUUUGGUUUUCUGGCUGUGAGAUGGACCUUCUGGCCACGCUGGCUGGAUAUACCCUUUCUGGGGUUUCAAGAGAGGCCUUGUUUAAGGUUCCACUCUCGGGUUGUAUUUCGAUAAAGACAGACAUGAUUGAUUACUGCGUGAAGCUUCCUGCCAGCCAGUUUUAGUGUUUUAAUACAUGUGCUCACGUGUUAAUGGUUUAUGUAGAAGUUCCCCCUCAAUGACACUAUGAACGCUAUCAUCAUGAGCUCUCUUUCUUUCUCUUCUACUUAAACAUGUAUUUAUUUUUUUAAUCUCUGUGAGUUUUAAUGUAUAAUCCUGGAUUUUCAGUAUUAAAAACUUUCUAGUGGAAUUAAAAAAAAAAGAAUAGAAGAAGAAAAACCCUUUGUAUACACAAGAACAAAAAAGAGCUGAUGCAAUCAUAGAGAAAAGAAGAAACGCAUGACGGUGUCAGAAGCCAGUGUUGGUGAUGUCAUAGUGCUGACUUAUGAUGUCACGGCGUGUAUGUGCGUACAUGUACAUGCGUCUGUUUUAGUUUGUGUGCCCGUGCGUGUAACUUUCUGUGUCUUCUUAUUCUUCUUAGGAAUGCUGAACCUCAUUAUUAUUUAUUUUUCUUCUUUUUGUUUGGACCAAACUCGGAGUACGUCUUCAGCACUCGAGUCACUGCGUGUUCAUAUCAAGCUGUAAUGACAUUUUGAAAGCCUGUCGUUCUUUUAAAAAUUCAUUUUUUUAAAGGGACAUCAUUCAGUUAGCUUUUCUUGUCGAGCUAUGUUCAUCAAAGUGAGGACUUUUCAGACAUUUGAAAAUGUAACUUACUGAAGGCUUAUAUUGUGUCAGGUUUUGGUGUUUUAAUAGAAGCUGAGUGCUUUAAUUUAUUGGUGUUUAAGUUUGUGUCACUGAAAUUUGAGUUUAAAGGUACUUUUUGUAAACUUUGAUGUUUAAAAAUUCUUUAAAAUGUUCCAAAAUAAACAAAACUAUGAAAAAGAAAUGUGAAGAAACAACCACUGUGACUUUAUAUAUAAAACAUGCACUGUUUGGGUGCAUCAAGUGAAGCUGGAAUGGGGUGCAAAUAGUCUUACCUUUAUUUGUCAAAAACAGCACAUUUUUAUUUAUGACCAACCAACAGUUCGACUGCCUUGUCUUGAUCAACAAAUAGGUCCAAAAUUAUCAGACGUAACCACCGUGACGUCGCCCACUAGAUGAACAUUUUCAGUAUCUGACCUGACUGAAAACCUCAAUCAAAUUCUCCCAAGGGUAAUUACAAAAAGUACCUUUAAUAUAUGUCCACAAAAGCUGUUUGUCUUUUAAAAGAAAUGUUUUCAUCUGAGAAAAUUUUAAAGGCACAGAAGGUAUAAAAAGCAGCUUUUUUUAGGUUGCAAUACGGCCGAAAGAGGAGAACGUUAAUUGCAUUUAAAGGUUGUUUUUCUGUGGAGAGCAGUUGUUGCCGAUGUGGAGCAGAAUGUAAAGUGACCUGAUUUGGCUGAUUUUAGAACCAUAAAAGAGCACGAGGCAUAAAAAUAAGAAGGGAGGGUGGAUGUAAAUGACGUGGGAAUUCAGUUAUAUUUUUAAUGUCUCGCUCAUUUUUCCUCAUACCUUCAAAAGUCUGAUGCAGAUGUUAUAAUCCAUGUUCAGUUAAUUGGUCCUCUGAUCAAACUGUGUGCCUGUGUGUGUGUGUGUGCCUGUGUGUGUGUGUGUGUGUGUGUGUGUGUGUGUGUGUGUGUGUGUGUGUGUGUGUGCGUUUUAACCACUGGGGGGGUGUUGGCAGGCUUGGGCAUAUUUGUAUUCUCGAAGCUAUUCUGCAUACCUCAAAUUGUAUAAUACAUUUAUUUAUUACAUCCCCUUACAUGUCUAUUUCCAAGAAUAUCCAGACAAAGGUCUCACAGAUGUGCAACCCUUUUGUUAUUGGUGAUCGAUUCUUGCGUUUGUAGAAAUCAUACUGUUUAAUUGAUAAUAACAAUAA